CUCAGGGCCCCGGCGGCGGAGGUGACUGGAGGAACCAAGUUGUGCGGUCGGUGAUGCCCGAGUGAGCAGCGGGCCCCGGCCUCUGCCCCGAGGAGGCAACUCCCACGCAGGCCGCACGGGCGCCCUCGCGGCUGGGAGGCUCCGUUUCGGUUUCGCAGCGGCGGCCGCGUUGUUGGCUGAGGGGACUCGGGACACCUGAAUGCCCCCGGCCCCGGCUCCUCCGACGCGAUGGGGAAGGUGCUAUCCAAGAUCUUCGGGAACAAGGAAAUGCGGAUCCUCAUGUUGGGCCUGGACGCGGCCGGCAAGACAACAAUCCUGUACAAGUUGAAGCUGGGCCAGUCGGUGACCACCAUCCCUACCGUGGGUUUCAACGUGGAGACGGUGACUUACAAAAAUGUCAAGUUCAACGUGUGGGAUGUGGGCGGCCAGGACAAGAUCCGGCCGCUCUGGCGGCAUUACUACACCGGGACCCAGGGUCUGAUCUUCGUUGUGGACUGCGCCGACCGCGACCGCAUCGACGAGGCCCGCCAGGAGCUGCACCGCAUUAUCAAUGACCGGGAGAUGAGGGACGCCAUAAUCCUCAUCUUCGCCAACAAGCAGGACCUGCCUGAUGCCAUGAAACCCCACGAGAUCCAGGAGAAACUGGGCCUGACCCGGAUUCGGGACAGGAACUGGUAUGUGCAGCCCUCCUGUGCCACCUCAGGGGACGGACUCUAUGAGGGGCUCACAUGGUUAACCUCUAACUACAAAUCCUAAUGAGCAUUCUCCACCCAUCCCCCCGGAAGGAGAGAAAUCAAAAACCCAUUCAUAGGAUUAUCGACACCAUCACCUCUUUCAAUUGCCACUCUCUUUUGAAUUUGAACUGUUCUACAGUUUGGGAGGGUUAGGGGGUUUCCUUUUUGUUUGUUUCUUUUUCUUUCUUUCUUUCUUUCUUUUUUGCUUUGCGUUAGGAUGAUCUGAUCUGACAUUUGACAUGAACACAAAGUGUUAGAUGCUUUUGUUAACUUCCAGCAAAUGGGAUGGGGAAAAUAUAGCAGUUCUUGGUAAAGUCCUUUAUAAUAAUGGUAUGAUUUUUUUAUUUCAGGAGAAUCUUUUUUCCCCCCAAUGUAUGCUUUUUUUCCUUUUUGCCCAGUUUCCUUAUCACUUGCUGUAGAUGGCUUAUUUUGCAUUCAUGCAGACUGUGUUGCAAGUCUGUUUCAUCUAGUAAACUGAAAAUUAUUGCUUAAUCAAACUGCCGUUUGUGUUUUAUAUUUAAGGCCUUUUCUCCUCCCUUAUGAGUUCUUUCACUUAGUAAUUUCAAAUGUGACCUUUACUAUCUAAGACCAGUAUAGUAAACUUAGCCCACAGUGGCAAAUAAUGAGUAAUAUCAUUGUAAUAUGUUCCGAUUGCACAUCCGUAUGUUAAAAGGUAAUAUAAGAAGUUCUUUGAAAUGCCAGCUAUUAAGUUCUGAAACAUACAUCAUGCAUGAGUAGGGAUAAAUCUCAAGUUCCCCAUUACAUAGCUAACUUACACCACGUAAAAAUAGGAAAUUGUAACCUGCCAAGAACAGAUUUUUUUUCACUGCAAAGUUGACAACUUUGCUGUGUUUUGCCUUUUUUAACUUUAAAAAGACUCUUUCCAAAAAAAUGGAGCAAUAAUGGUAUAUCUGCACACAGUUAAAAUAUUUGUAGAUAUUUUAAGUGAUUUUUGGGCAAAACUGGAAUAUAUACUUUUACCAUGUUUCAAAUGUCUAAGAUCAAUAGUUUUAAAAUUACUAGGAUGUUUACUUUGUUCAUUAAUAAAGCAUUUAACAAUUCAAAUUGUAUGCACCUUUUACCUAGUUGGAAAAAUAUACAUUCCUGUUUUUACAUUACAGCAACUGAUUGAAGAUGAAAGUGUUUUUUAUAGAUGAGUGAUCCACACCUCCAUGAAUAAGAACACUGGAAAAGAUGUUUUAUAAAAAAAGAUAUUUAGUACUGUUUGUAGGAUUAACUCAUCCAAAUAGUAAGUCAGAUAUCCUGUUGGUUCAAUAAUACACCAUCUCCUUUAAGGAAGGAAAUGUGCUGAAUGAAUGACGUGUAGACAUGAGGAAUGACAAUUAAAGGGGAAGUAGGAUGAAGAGAAAGAACCUACAGAUGACAAUGAAUGUAAACUUACUUUUCUUCAAGGGUAAGCAAGUGUGCUCGCUUGGUGAUAUCUAGAUCCUAAUGUUACUUGCUCAGCUGGUUAGGACCAGUAACUAGAUUUUUGAGACCACUAUGAUAAUACUUUGAACCAAAUAUUAAUGCCUGAUACAGAAUUGUGAAGCAGCAUGUGGUUCUUAAAUAGCCUUAAGGAUUAAGUUUAGAGAUCCUCAAGGAAUUAAAGUUACGGAAUUUCAGAAAUGUAGACUGCAAAGGCAGUAUACAGGAAAAAAUAUGGGUUUUAUGAGGGUGUUUGAAAACAAAUUGAGCGGGAUAUCAUGGUAUAUAGUUGGACAGUAUUGGUCCUUCGUGCUUUGGCCAUAUUGUAUGAUGGAGCUUUUACCAAAGAUGUAUGAAAAGCAAAGGCUAUGAGAAAUUAACUAUUAAAAGUAAAACUCUUGACAAAACAUUUUACUUAAAGCAGAUGAGCUAAGGUGCUAUGCUGCAGACUCCUGAUGGUACAGAGAUUUUUGAAUUAAAAAUGCAACAAAAGUAUAAAAUUCAGUUUCAUUUCAGUAGAAAUAUCUCUAGAAAUGGAGCUGGCGGACACAUCUAAGAACAUUUUAGUUGCUUUUAAGAUUCCCAAGGCUCCUACCAUAAGUUUAAUUCUUAGUAUUUCAAAUUAUUACAUUAAGGUACAUACAUCGGUAAUACAGAUAUCAAUGCUACAAUAACAUCCUGAAACAAGAAAAGCACAAAGGUAUAAAUGCCUAAACUGGAGGAAACUUGAAACCCUCGUGUUAAUUCUAAAUGUAGUAUUUCUAACUUAUGAGAGUUAGAGUGAUAGGCAGCCAUUUUUUGUGUCUUAAAAUAAUGGGGCAUAGUUAAAAUUUUAUACAUCAAGUGAUUGCUGUUGAAUGUUGCAGGUGAGAUGUGGUUAUUUUUAGUUUAUUUGAAAUGUUUAAUAACAAGGGGGUGGAGGGGGGAAACAAAUAUUUGAAAUUUGGAAAAUCCUAAACCUUUUGGUAAGAAAUUGUAAUUUUCACUUACAUUUUUAUUUUAAGGAUAUAAAAGGCCGAUAAUUGAUGUAGUUAAAUUGAACCAUAACUGUUGCUAAUCAUGGGGCAGGAAAUUAUAGCCUGCAGAGAAAGUUAUACUCUAAGAAUUUUAAAAACAAGAUCCUGAAGUUUUUGUUUAAUUGCAUCAAUUUCUGUAUUUAUGUGAACUUAUAAACUGCAGUACAUUUUGAAUGAGGUUAAUCUUGUCUAAUAUAAGUAAAUGGGUCUGUAGACUGCCCCAAACUAAAAAGUACAGUACCUGGAAUUGUGUUCUUAAUGGUUGUAGUGUUGGUAAAGCACUAAUAUGCAGAAAAUAAAGGAAUUACACAGUGCA